GGAAUUCCAACCUGUGGAAACUUGGGGGUCCCCGAGGUCGCCUCCUUCCCAUUGACUGUGGAUGGUGCCAGGGACAGAGCCUCUGGAGGCUCGUGGGAGGUUUUGGGGUCCGCGGGGUGAGGGCGGAGGGGAGUGUCAGAGUGCCAGUGGGGUACCGGAGUUCCAAACUUAGAAUCUUGAGGCCCUCGGGGCUCCGGCGCCGGGGAAAGAGAGCUCCGGCCGCCAUGCGGGACAGGACCCACGAGCUGAGGCAGGGGGAUGACAGCUCGGACGAUGAGAACAAGGAGCGGGUCGCGCUGGUGGUACACCCGGGCACGGCGCGGUUGGGGAGCCCGGACGAUGAGUUCUUCCAGAAGCCCUCUCGGUCACCCUCCCCAGGUCCGGACAAUUCAGCAGGCUAUUGUCAAGCUGGAGAAUAAAGUCCGAGUGUUGGAGAAGCAGCAGGUCACCAUCCUGGCCACGCCCCUUCCCGAGGAGGGUAUGAAGCAGGACUUGCAGAACCUGCGCGACGAGAUCAAACAGCUGGGGAGGGAGAUCCGCGCGGAGCUGAAGGCCAUAGAGCCCCAGAAGGAAGAAGGUGAUGAGAAUUACACCUCGGUCAACACGAGAAUGAGAAAAACCCAGCAUGGGAUCCUGUCCCAGCAAUUCGUGGAGCUCAUCAACAAGUGCAACUCGAUGCAGUCCGAGUACCGGGAGAAGAAUGUGGAGCGGAUUCGGAGGCAGCUGAAGAUCACAAAUGCUGGAAUGGUGUCUGAUGAGGAGCUGGAGCACAUGCUGGACAGUGGGCAGAGUGAGGUGUUUGUGUCGAAUAUACUGAAGGACACACAGGUAACUCGACAGGCCCUAAAUGAGAUCUCGGCCCGGCACAGUGAGAUCCAGCAGCUUGAACGCAGUAUCCGUGAACUUCAUGAGCUCUUCACUCUUGUGGCUGCUGAGGUGGAGACGCAGGGGGAGAUGAUCAACCGGAUUGAGAAGAACAUCCUGAGUUCAAUGGACUAUGUGGAACAUGGGCGGGAAGAUGUCAAGAUAGCCCUGGACAACAAGGAGAAGGCGCGGAAGAAGAAAGUCUUGAUUGGCAUCUGUGUGUCCGUCACUGUCCUCAUUCUGUUGGUCAUCAUUGUCAUCGCUGCAUUGGUUUGAUAGCGUCGCGCAUUCUUGGCACUAAGAGCACCAGGGAUCCAGGGUCUGCCUUCUGUCUCAGCAGCUGGGGGUGGUGCAGGACAGAGCCUCCAGCUGGACCCCCUUCCUCACACUGGCCCUGUGCAUAGAGGCAGUUUUUCUGGGGUUGGCAGCCACUCAUUCAAGGGGGCCUGCCUCCUCAGGCCACAAUGCCUGAGGGAGGGCCUGCAGUGUCCUGUUUGGCUGGGACACAUGGUUUUGUAAGAAAUUAAAAAAACGCUUGGAGACUC